AUGGAGACGGCGGGGAUCGCAGGCCGCGGCAGGGGCUCAGCGACGGGCAGGCCGGCUCGGUACAGCACGGGCACGCGGGAGUUAGUGAGAGGGAUGAUGGAGGAGUUGCAGCUGACGCAUUCCCAGAAGCGGUACCUGAUGGACUAUGUAAAACGAGGAGAUGCCCUGCCCCUUCAGAGAUUCCCCCCCUCCAGCAAACAGCCAGUGCCUGUUUCCUACCCAGCAGCCUGUCAACCACUCAGGCUUCCACCUAGACCAAUUCUCCGGCCUGCCAAGGUCUGCCAGACAGGAGAUGCCUACACCCGAGAGAAAUUCAAGCCACAGCCCACACGAGAUUUGGAAAAGGAGAAGAGAAGACUUCAAAACAUCUUAGCAACAGGGAAGGAUGAGGUGGAGGAUGAGGCAGUGCAGGUGUUUGUUCGGAAAAAGGAGGAGGAGAUAGCUGAGCCUGACCGGUUUGAAGAAUUGAUUAAUGAAAUUCAAGAGAGGAGGGAAUUCCUGGCAGAGAUGGAAGCUCUAGGACAGGUCAAGAAGUAUCAAGGGAUCAUCCUCACUGAAAUCUCACAGAAAUUGCAUGAGAUGGAAACCAUUGACAAGAAGAGAAGUGAGGAAAUGAGAAACAUCAUGACAAAAGCCUUCCCUGUUGGGAACAAAUCCAAUCUCCAAGACUAG